AAUGAUAAAUGAUAUUUUGUUUUGGUAUACGAAGUAAAAAAAAACAACCGUAAGAUUCUCGAAUCUAUUACUCCAUCUCUUUGCUUCAUCUCCAAACACACAUAACUUUAUUUAUGACCUGACUGAAUAAUUCGGAAAAAUCAGAGAGAAAGAAAGGAAGCUUUUGUUAGCGUCAGAAAAAACUAAAUACGAUUCUCUUCUUCUAAGUCUCCUUUUUCUUCGCUUUUCCACUUGUUCUUCUUCUUUCUUUCUUUCUUUCUUUCUUUUUCGACAAAAGCAGAAGAAAACGCUACAAAGCUCUUUUGCUCUUCUCCUAACUUUUGGCUAAUAGGGGAAGAAUAAACAAGGAUUUCUUCAGCUGCAAGCAAGUUUCUUUCUUUACCGUGAAACAGAGAACAUGGGAGAUCAUUUCGUGCUGCUGGUGGAUCGGUUGAUAACAGAAUCCACUAUUGAGGCUGCCAUUCAGAGCAGGAACCAGAUGUUGCAAGCCAAUUUACCCGUUGAGGAAUGUACAAUCUUGGACGAGAAAACACUUGAGAUGCUGCGUAACGGAGAUUUGUCAAUGGCUCAGUGCAGGAUUUGUCACGACGAGGACUUGGAUUCAAACAUGGAGACUCCUUGUUCUUGCAGCGGCAGCGUCAAGUUUGCGCAUCGGAGGUGCGUACAGCGAUGGUGCAACGAGAAAGGUGAUACCACCUGCGAGAUUUGCCAUCAGGAAUUCAAGCCGGAUUAUACAGCGCCGCCUCCGUUGCUAGAGUUGGGUCAUGUUCCUCUCCAUUUCAGGGGAAACUGGGGAAUCUCUCAACGGGAGCAUCGUUUCAUCACAGUUGUACCUGCUGAUUCAACUUUCAUCGAUCAACAAUAUCCUCUUUCUUCCACCACAAGCUUCAUCUGUUGCCGUUCCCUUGUUCUCAUCUUCAUGGCUCUUCUCAUUCUCCGGCAUACCCUCCCCUUAGUCCUCUCUGGAUCAAACCUCCAUGUCUUCCCUUUGUUCACGUUGUUAUUUCUGAGAGUACUCGGAAUCAUGCUACCCAUCUACGUUGUCACCAAAGCAGUCGCCACCUGCCGCCGCCAUCCUCAGACCUUAGACACCUCUCACUCUGAUGAUUCAUCAUCUGAUGAAGAAACAGAUUCAUGGCGCUUGCCUCAAACUCAAUCUUACAUUAUAGGCGUACGAUGAGCACUCUUCUUUUCUUUCACAGACAUACACACAAAGUCAAAUGACACUGUAAAUAAUAAUUUCUGGCUUAUACAUGUAAAAUGUUGGAUUGAUUCAACAGAUUGAAACAAAAAAGGUAUCUCAUUAGGAAAGCUC